AUGUCUGGCAAAGGCGGCAAAUCCGGUGCUAAGGGGGGCAAGGCUGGCUCGACUGAAACCAAGACCCAAUCCCGCUCUGCGAAGGCUGGUCUCCAAUUCCCCGUCGGUCGUAUCCACCGUAUGCUCAAGAAGGGCAACUAUGCUCAACGUGUUGGUGCCGGUGCACCCGUCUAUCUGGCUGCCGUCCUUGAAUACCUAGCAGCCGAGAUUCUCGAGUUGGCUGGUAACGCUGCACGAGAUAACAAGAAGGCUCGUAUUGUUCCUCGCCAUCUCCAGCUUGCUAUCAAGAAUGAUGAGGAAUUGAACAAGCUCCUCGGUCACGUCAUCAUCUCACAGGGUGGUGUCGUUCCUUACAUUCCUCCCGAGCUCUUGCCCAACAAGACCAAGCAACCUGGUGGCAGGGCCGACAAGGUUGGCGAGUCGCAAGACCUCUAG